AUUCAAACUGUCCUUACUCCAGGGAGAAGACUGAAGGAACUCUUCAUCUGCCUCUUCUGAGACUCUGCUUCAAGGGGAGCAAGAGCCCUUCACUGAAAUCCUCCCACCAUGCUGGGGCUGCUGCUGCUGCAGGUGUUGGCGAGCUGCCUCUGCCUGGGACACGGUGAGGUGGUGAAAUCCUUUACAACUGCAUGUACUCAGUUUUUCUAUAAGAAGACACCCCCAAGUGACACCCUGCGUCCAACAAAUGCAGCCAGGAUCUGCCAGCGCUUAAGUAACAAAUAUCACUUUGCCACCCUGUAUGACAAAACUCGGAGAAUUCCAGUGUACUCUGCUUACAUCUACAGGCCUGGACGUGGAGACAGAUCAGAGACAUGGUUUAUAGAGCCCCAGCUGAUCGACCAAGGUUAUCACAAGGCUAUGGAUACAGAGGAUUCCAUCGAAAGGCAGUACCAGAUCUCUUCAGAUGAUAUCGGUCGGAAUCAGGCUAUUGACCAUGACUACAGAAACCUCAAGGAUCUGGACCGCGGUCACCUGUGUCCCAGUAGCCACCAACCUGACGAUGACAGCAAGUCGGCUACCUUCACCCUCACCAACAUAGUGCCCCAGAACAAAUCACUUAACCAGGAGGCCUGGAAAAUCUAUGAGAAAUCUAUGGCCCGAAAAGCCGAGAACUGUGACACCACCUAUGUCAUCACAGGUGCUGUACCUGGGAACAACAAGGUCCCCACUGGCAGGGUAAAUAUUCCCAGCUACAUCUGGUCAGCUGCCUGCUGCCUGGUGGGCGAUAAUCCCACGAGGGCUUGGGGGGCCAUUGCUGAGAACAACAAGAAUGAGGUGAAGGAGCUCAGCCUGGAGAGGCUGGAGAACAAGUUGUCUGAGAUCUAUGGGGGGAAAGAUGUUACUCUGUUCAACAAAGCUUGUCCCCGGCGAAAACCCUGACAACCUUGAUGGAAAAGGCUCAGGAGAUUUUCCCACAUGUCACAGAAUCACAGAAUCACUGAAUGGGUUGGUUUUGAUGGGACAUUAAAGCCUCCAAGAUCAUCUCAUUUUGACCUGCCUGCCAUGGGCAGGGACACCUUCCACUACCCCACGUUGUUCCAAGCCCUCCCUAGCCUGGCCUUCAAUGCUUCCAGGGAUGGGGCAGUCAAAACAGCUCAGGGUACCUUUUGCCUGCACCACAGCCUGCUCCCAGGAAUUUACUUCUUUAGAAUAUCCCAUCUAACCCUGCCCUCCAUCAGUGGGAAACCAUUCCCUCUUGUGCUGUCACUCCAUACCCUUGUCCAAAGACCCUCUCCAGCUCUCUCAGACAUCCUGUAGGUACUGCACUCUCUGGAGUCUUCUCCAGGCUGAACAUGCCCAGCUCUCUCAGCCUCUCUCCAGAGCAGACGUGCUCCAGCCCUCAGAGCACCUUCAUGGCCUGCACUGGACUCCACUCCAACAGCUUUGUAUCCUUCUUGUGCUCUGGGCCCCAGAGCUGGAGGCAGCACUGCAGCUGGGCUCUCAGCACAGCACAGCAGAGGGGGACAAAUGUCCUGUGCAGCUUCUGUGCUGCUUCCUCCUCUGUGUGUUUCCAGCUCUGUCCCUCAGGGCACCUCCUGCUCUGCCCAAAGGCACAGAGCCGUGGGCAGAGCCUCCAGCUGCUUUGCUUUGCUGCCCAUCUCAGGAGAGAGCUCUCAGGGACGAGUCCUCUCCUCCUUAGCUGUCCCUGACAGUGUGCAGCUGACUUGUCCCUCACCUCCUUAGCAAGGCCAAGGCACCAGGGCACCUCAGGCUGCCCAGACACCUUGUCUGGACAUCUCCAUGUCUGCACAUACCCAAAGCCCAACAAUGAUCCUGGACAACCUGCUCCAGCUCAUCCUGCUUGAGCCGGGAGUGUGGACUAGAAGAUCUUGACAAGUCCCUGCAAAACCCAACAAUUCAGUGAUUAUGUGAUCCUGGGACAUGCUUUUGUUUGCUUGCUUUUGAAAGUGCACCUUGAGAGCAGCAUCUGUUGUAUCAGACAGGCAGCCUUUGGCAUCAGAUACAUAGAAAGCUUAGAGCAGCCAAAGCUAAAUUCCUGUGAUGCUCUCCUUGGAUACCUGCAUUCUCUGCUCUGCUUCUGAAGCUUUUCUGCAGCCUUAUGGGAAAUUGAUUUGGGGAAAUGUAUUCAAUGGUUGUAAAAGAUCAUUGGGUGCCACAUCAUUUAGUGUACAAGAGCUUACAAUAAAAGUCAUUUGCGGCAUUGCAGAA